UGAAAAGACAAGGAAGAAGGAAGUUAGCGCUCGCUCUCUAUAUAAGGCCAUACCCCCCGGUCACAAUAUGAAACGGGUCUAAUGUUGUACAUUACUGUUGACAAAGGUGCUUUACAUUCACACUCACAAAGCGCUGUCCUUGUUUUGUUUUCUCUGGAGCCAUUGAACAGCCAGAAGGGAGUGGCAACUCAGGAGCGGAAUUUCACUUCCUGUCCCUCUCAGGUGAGUCACCUGGGCAUCGUCGUCGAUCACUCGGGGGUUUCUGUCGACAUCAAACGUGUUUCGAAGCGUGAGUUUCAGAGUCGGAAAGGAUCAGAUAUGCCCGAAGUGCGUGUAUUGAAGUUUUGAGCCAUUUUCUGGAUGCGUAACAGGAGCUGAAGGUUUACCUGAGAGAAGAAGAAGAAGAAGAAGAAGAAGCGUGUUUUGCCACUUUGCGGCCUAAGCACUCAUUGGAAAAAAAAACUGCCUCUGUUAAACAAUAAGUGGUGUUUUUUUAUACGCAUAAAAUGAAUUUCCUCCUUAAUGGACAAUGGGGAGCGUUCCUGCUUAUAGUGUUACUAGAGUCCACUUGUGGCCAGGACUACGGGGAGACAUGCUUCGCCAAAUUCAAGAAAGGUCAGGAGGACUUUGUCCUCGAUGCAGACGAGUCGGUGAAAGACGGAGCGUCGUUCAUUUCGUCGCCGAAAUUGGAUCGAUACAGGGACUGCGUGAGCGCCUGCUGCAGAGAGCCGAAGUGCAAUGUCGCCUUCAUGGAGAGAGGAGACGAGGAAGGCAAGGUCAAGUCCUGCUUUCUCUUUGACUGUCUGUACAAGAAGAAAUACGCCUGUCGCUUUGUCAGGAAGAAGGGAUACAUCAACUACAUCCUGGACUCCAUGUAUGAGAGCUAUUUUGAACGGGAUGUUCCCCGAAAUAACGCCGACAGUCCACCGGUGGCCAAUGGAGGCCUGGAUCUUGUGGUCCAUCCUCAGGACACCGUGACACUGAACGGCGUAGAGAGCAAAGAUGACAAAUCGAUUGCAUCUUACCAGUGGCAAAUGCUCACCAAAUAUCCUUAUGCUGUCUUUGAGAAAACCAUCUAUGAUGACCAGAUUAUAGUGUCCAAUCUGACAUCUGGGGUGUACAAGUUCCAGCUAACAGUCACAGACUCCAUCGGCCAGUCAGACUCCACCAAGGUCACCGUGCUGGUCCUGACUCCGGAGCAGUCUGAGCACCACUGUAUGGCUCCGAAGAAGGUUGGGCCGUGUCGUAGUGCUUUCCCUCGCUGGCAUUACAAUGCUGCCUCAGAGAAGUGUGAGAAGUUCACUUUUGGGGGCUGCAAGGAGAAUUUCAACAACUAUCUCACCAUGGACGAGUGCGUCAUCGCCUGCUACGGCUCAGAAAAUAGCGGUAAAUCUGGCAGAGGUUUGCCAAUUCCUGGGCCUGUAGGAGAAAAAUGCGGUGCUCCGUGUAAAGAGGGGGAAUUCACCUGUACAAACGGCUGCUGUUUGGAUCCGGGUCUGGAGUGUGACUCUUCUCCACAGUGUAGCGACGGCUCAGAUGAGGAGAAAUGCACAGAAUUUGGCAACAACUUUCAGAUUCUAGUGCAGAUUCCAGUGAAUGAACAGAAAGUGCGCUGCACAGAGUUUCCCGACACAGGAAACUGCAGGGACAGUUUCAGCAAGUGGUACUACGACCCCCUGCAACAAGACUGCUUCCUCUUCAACUAUGGUGGCUGCAAGGGAAAUGAGAACAGAUUUGACUCUAGGGAUUCCUGUACUACCUUUUGCCGUGGGGUAGGAGAAAAGGAUGUGUUUGCAAGAGAGAGGGGACACGAAGGAAUAGUGGGUGAAGCCCACAUUGGUACUAUAGCUAUAGCUGCCCUCCUGGGUGUAGCUAUCUUCGUCUUGAUAUGCCUCCUGGUGUACUGCCUCAUGAAGGGAAGGAAGACGUCUGCACAGCACCACCGUGUGCCCGUCAACACUGUCCCGGUCAGCUUUGAGGACAGAGAGCGCCUGGUCUACAACAGCACCACCAAACCCAUCUGAUCCUUCAGUCCUCACCUUUGACCCCCAUCUUGGUUGUGAAUUACACUGGUUGCUGGACACAGUUGCCCUUCACUGAGCAAACCAUGUCCAUUGAGCAAGUUUGAAUGCUGGUGGGGGUGUGUUUUUAUUUUGUCCAUAUAUGGAUGAAUUCUGUAAGGGUGAUGUACAUAGAAGGCAGAAGGUCUUCAGUGAUGAUGAAAUGUGAUGUUAUAUUUCUAUUUUUAGCUUGUUUUUAAUGCAGUGGCCUGUUAAAAUGAAUGGUUGGAUAUCGGUGUGUACUCAGGUUAUAACAGUGAAGGAUUGUCACUAGAUGGAUGUAGAUUGCCACUGGAUAUCGUUGGAUCAGAUAUUUUCUACUUUGUUGAAUUUGCUUCCUUUAAACAAUCUGAUUGUUCUUAGUGAACAGCUCUUUUUUAAAUAUAUCAUUUCAAAAGUUAGAUCCUAAAUUGUCACUAAGUCCACAUUGGUCCGUUACUUAAAAGUAAGAGUCUAGAUUCCUGUGCGUCCCGUUACACUGGGAUUUUUUGUGGAUAUGUAAUAUUGUAUGAAGAUCCCUUCAGCUUCCCAAAAUCCUGCCCCGCCAGCUUUUUCACUCUAUUUUUAUCCUGUUUAUAAACCAUUGUUACAUUGGAUAACACAUGCCCGCGUAAUGUUGUACAUAAUCUUAGUAUUUUGAGAAAGUAAUAUUUUACGUGAGAAAGUUAUUUUGUCAAUGAUUUUAUGUUUUCAGAACAAGCACAAUGCCUACAUUAAAUAAUGUUUAUUAAUACCUUUAAAAAAAAAAGCCUCCUCGCUGUGUGUUUGUACAUAUGACAUUUUAUAGGUUUCUGUGACUUUAGCACAUCAUAUUGUUUAUACUAA